UUUAGUUUAGUUUUGAAACUCAUACCGCAAAGAAGUAACUUCUGAUUCCUUUGGAAUAUAAAAAAAAAAUAUUUCAUCAGUGAAAAAUACAAAAAUUAAAAUAAAAAUUUAUCAAGCUUGAAACUAACAGGAAUAAAAUGAAGAUUUUUGGAAUCGAUGAUAAUUCGGAAGCUUUCUCAUUAUUAAUCACUGCAGUUAUUGGCAUAUUACUCUUCAUAUUCACUUAUAGGUUGCAUGAAAAUGUGAUGAGCAAAAAGACAUCAAAUAUUGGUAAGGAAAUGAACGGUAAACUACAUCACAAUGGAAUCACUAAAGAAACCGAAAAGGAUCUUACGAAAACGAAUUAAAUAAAGUUUUAAAAGAUUGCUACACGAGCAGCAGGAUUUGAAUUUCAAAUUAGUUAUGCAUAAAUUAGUUUUAUAUGAAUAUAUUUAAGUUCAGAUGAAAAUGUAUCAAUUCUGAAUGCAACGUGUUAUUGAAUGUUAUAUAGGAGUCAUUAACUUUUCCAUAACCUGUUAAUUAUACAUAAUUAUCGUUUUCUUUUACUGAAAUUUAUUUUAUCUGAUCAUUUAAGAAGUCAAAUACUAAAAUGUCAAUUUUUGUAAAUUUUAAAGCAUUUAUUUAUUUUUGUAAAUUUGAACAUUCAAUUCACCUAAUUAAAAUGAUUUAAUAGGAGUAAAAGUUACAACUGUAAUCAAUAAAGUUUUUGGUGAUCACCAAAUAUUAUUCAAAACAGGUUCAUAAAUCUUCUUUCGUAAGUUUGAAUUUAUGAACCACGAUGAAACCUGC